AUGGGUCCUCUUGGCAUCCCUCAUGCCUGGGCUGUGACAGUGCUGGACCUGCUGUUGGCUUUACCCCUGGUCCUGCAUGCCUGCCCCAGAUCCUGCAGCUGCCCUGACCCUCGAGAGGUUCACUGUACUUUCAGCCACCUCACUCAUGUUCCACAUAGCCUGCCCAGAGGCACCCAACGACUCAAUCUGGGGUACAACAAUAUAAUGACAUUGAAUGCCUCGGAGUUCACAGGACUCAGGCGUCUAGAAAUGCUAAUGCUUCAUGGAAAUGACAUCGAGUCUGUGUCCCCAGGAUCGUUCUACAAUUUGCGUUCCCUAAGAAUUCUGAAGCUGAGUCACAACAAGCUGAGGACUCUCACGCAUACUAUCUUUGAAGGCCUGUCAAGCUUGGCACGCCUCCACCUGGACCACAAUGCCAUAGAAUUCAUUGAACCAUUUUCAUUCAGUGGGCUGACAGCCCUUACAGUAUUAAACUUGGAAGGGAACCGACUGAGGGGCCUGCACCCCCACACCUUCAUCACUCUGUCCUUCCUCGGGAACUUUUGGAGCUCCGGCCUGCGCCACCUCCACCUGUCUGACAACCAGCUGGAGUACCUGCUCCCAGGAACUCUUCAGAAUCUAAACAAACUGGAAGCACUUUCCCUACAUGGCAAUCCCUGGGCGUGUGAUUGUAAUCUUCAGUGGCUGUCACAAUGGAAUAACAAAAAUAAGGGUGUGAUCAAAUGCAAAAAGGAAGACCAUUCUGGCACAAGCGAAAACUGUGCUAUGUGUUCUACUCCACAAACCCUAAACAACAGCCAGGUCUUCCAUCUGUCCCCUGAACAGCUCUCCUGUGACAGACCCCUUUUACACUCUCCACUGAAGCUGAGAGAGAGCACCAUGUGGCAGGACACUGACUCUGACAUCCCAUACACUAAAGACCUGGAGCCACCGCUAGGUCAUCUCACCUUCAUGCUGUCUGACAGCCAUGGGAACACAGCAUAUGUUGCCUGUGUUGUGAGGCACCAGAGUGAGGGUACUGCCAUGACCUGGCAGAACCUGAAAUUUCCAGGACAAGUGGCAGUCAAUGUGACUUUGAUGAGUUUGUUGGAGUGUGCAAUUGAAAAGGAUGAGCUUCAGGAACUAUGGAGACUUAUUGCUUAUUAUUAUGAGUUCCCGGCUGUCCUGAAGAGGGGUCUUCGGCAGGAAAACACUUCUACAGUCACUUUUCAGUACUCCCAGGUAUUUAGUGAGGAUUCUCCUUACUUGACACAUGUCAAAGGACAUUUAAUGGCUGAACCGGCAUGGUUGUUACAACCCCUGAUAAGACUUAAAUUGAAUAGACGGAAGACUACAAGUAAAACACUCGUUUUGAAUUUCCAUACUUUCAUUUCAUCGCAAUUAAACACCCGGGAGGAGCCAGGUUUCAACAAAUACACCUGGGCCUUCAUACAAAGAUGGAUACCAGGGAGGAUACAGGCUGCCUCGGAAGGUUCUGAGGUCAGUUUGGAAUGUAAAGUGUCCAGCUCUGGACAUGUGCAUCUUGAAUGGAUGCUUCCAGAUUUAUCCAUUGUGAACAAAUCUCACUCCAGAGUAAUGGUUUCAGAGAGUGGCAAACUGGUUAUAGACAAAGCAAGUCCCUCUGACUCUGGGCUGUAUCACUGCCUUGUGCGGACUGAAACUGACUUAGAUGUGGUGUCCUUUAGGUUAAUUGUGAGGGAGAAAAUGCUAACUCCUGAUCAUAUCAAUGGCAAAGAGAUGUCUAUAGAUAAGGGAAGGUCACUUACUCUUCCCUGCUCUGUGUCUUCAGUCCAGCCUACCAUCAUAAAUUGGUAUAUGCCCACAAAUAUAGUCAUGCAGCAAUCAUCUUCAAACAGCAGGAUCAAUAUAUUGUCCAAUGGGAGUCUAGUUAUCACAAAUGCAACACAUGAAGAUAGUGGAAAAUACAGCUGUUUGGCUGCAAAUCUCUAUGGGGCAGACAUACUGUCUCACCAAGUCAUGAUCAAGGGAGAAAACAAAUCAGAACAGAUGAGUGCCAGAUCCUUUCCAUUAGCCAGCAAUGGGUUAUUCUCUACUGCCAGAGGCCACUCUAGUCACUGGGGACUCCAGAAAUUAAAUAAAACUUUGCCUUCUCCAAAUCUAAUAGGGAGUGGGGAUAAGCCAAGGAUUUCUUCUUUUAACACCACCAGCCAAUCUGCUCUGAUAGAGACAGAUGUGUAUCUGCCCUGUGAGGCAUUGGGAGAUCCAAAGCCUGUCUUCUCCUGGACUAAAGUCUCUACAGGAGUGACCAUUGAAGAAAACAGAAAGCUUGGGCAAAGAUUUGAAGUUCUGAGUAAUGGCACUUUUGUGAUAAAAAAUGUUAAGCUACAAGACAGAGGCCAGUACAUCUGUUUGGCUAAGAAUAUGUUUGGGUCAGAUAAAAUGAUAAUUACCCUUUCAGUACUGACCCAGCCUCCCAAAAUUGUGCCACCAAAGUCAACAAACAUAUCUGUGUAUUUGGGACAUCCUGUACACAUAGACUGUGUGGCAGAGGGCAAACCACAAGCACAGAUCAUUUGGAUUCUUCCAGACAGGACAUUAGCGCAGGGUCUAGACCUCCCUGAUACUGCCUUUGUAAGUAAUGGGACACUAAGGAUCAAGGCAGCUAACUUAUCCAGUAAAGGAAACUAUAAGUGCAUUGCCAGCAAUGCAGCUGGUGCAGACACAGUGACCUAUAACAUCCAUGUGGUAGCUGAAUUACCCACUAUCAAUGAAGAGGCCUCUGAAGACAUUGUUAUGCCCAUGGGAAGCAAUGCCUACAUCCACUGUACAGCAAAAGGUGAACCUAAACCUAUACUUCAGUGGAACCUCCUUGACAGGCUAAAACAUAAAUCUUCCCAGCUCCUCAAUGAGAGGAUCUCUGUCUUCUCCAAUGGAACAUUAUUUUUGAGGAACAUUUCACUCACAGACUCAGGAAAGUAUGAAUGUUCUGCCACUAACCAAGCAGGCACAAGUAGGAGAGUGGUACAGCUGAACAUCAGGCAACAGUUCCUCAGCCCUGAACAUAAACUGGCCCAGCAAUACAUGGUAACAGCGAAGUAUGGCUCCACUAUGUAUCUACACUGUCCAGAGUCUGAAAACUCCCAGCAUGGCACCCGUUGGAAACUGCCCUCCAACAUACUGCUAGAUCAUCGCAACAGCCCUGACAGACGCAUAUUAGCUUUUGGCAAUGGAACACUCAGAAUCCAGAAGCUGACUGAGAUGGAUGGCGGCAGCUACCUUUGCAUGUUCCGGCAGUGGAACCAUGAGGACGUCAAGCAAUUUCAGAUUGAGAUCCUCAUGAAGCCGCCAAAGAUCAAGCGCUUAGCCACAGCCCAGAAGAGGGUCACGUACGGAAAGAAUUUCCAGGUUGACUGUUUAGCUUCUGGGAUUCCCAAUCCAGAAAUGUUCUGGAUCCUGCCAGAUGGCACCAUAAUCAACAACACUCUCCAGCCUAAUUACAGGGGUGCCCUGUCAGGUCGCUACGUCAUCUUUGAGAAUGGCACCCUUCUGGUGCAACAGUUAACUCAAAGGGAUGAAGGUGACUACACAUGCUAUGCGAGGAACAACCUUGGUAAGGAUGAGAUGAAAAUCAGCGUGAAGGUGAUACCUGGCUCUCCAAGGAUCUUAUCAGAGGACCAGAUGAUCAUCUGGGGCCGACUUGGUGAGCCUGCAUACCUGAGGUGUGAAGCCACUGGGGACCCUCUCCCAACAAUUACAUGGUUCUCUCCAAGUAAUGCCACUAUUACUUCUAUCAGGUACCAAAUCCUGGGAGAUGGUACUUUAAUUAUCAGGAAAGUGGGUUUAGAAGACCGGGGAAACUACACCUGUGUGGCUAGAAACUCAGCUGGAAAUGAUAUAAAGAUUAUGCAGCUGGAAGUGGUCUCCAGAGAGCCUCAAAUAAAUGGACUAUGGGGGACGACUACAGCAAAAGUCUCAGCGCCAUCUCAUCAGACAUUGCUGCUUGACUGUGAAGCAGAAGGCCUGCCAGAGCCACGUGUAACUUGGACUACUUCCUAUGGCAUCAGCUUACCCACACCCUACCUGGGUGGCAGGUUCCAGGUCCACAAAAAUGGAAGUUUGGAUGUACGUGCCCUGAGGAAAACAGAUGAGGGUCAGUUUGUGUGUCUGGCACAAAACAGCUUUGGAGAGGCCAGGUUAGAAAUUGAACUGAAAGUGCAAACUCUCACAGAAAAGCCAAGCUUCUCCAAGCCAAACACUGAGAUUAUCCCCAUAAAGACAGGUAUGAGUGAAGUUACUCUACAGUGCUUUGCCCAUGGCAAGCCAGUUCCAGAGUUUCUGUGGGUGCUGCCCAAUAGCACAGCGUUGAUACCAGGCACAAUCCUUCAGCGUUUCCAUCAUUAUCCAGGCAAUGGCAUUUUGCGUAUAUUGCAGCCGGUGAAUGGUGACAUGGGAGUCUAUCGUUGCUUAGCAAAUAACACAGCAGGACAAGCUGAGAAACAUUAUGCUCUAGAACCAGGAUGGAAACCUCAGAUCCAGAGUACACCAAGGCCCAUUAGGAUUUUAUUCGGGCAGAAUCUGAACCUACCCUGCUCUGUUGAUGCCUGGCCACAGGCUGCCAUUUCCUGGAGUCUUCCCAAUGGUCGUGUCCUGGAGAAGCCACAGGUCAUUGGAAGAGUGAGCUUUUUGGGAAAUGGUACACUACAACUGAGAGAAGCUGCUGCAGUUGACAAAGGAAUUUACAUCUGCAAAGCCACCAAUGUGUUUGGCUCAUCCAUACUAUCAUACCCGGUCACAGUAAUAGUACAUCCUCCUCAAAUCACCAAUGUGUUCCCCUCUGUCACUACAGUAAGCAGGGGCUCCAUGGUAAAACUCAGCUGUAGAGCUGUUGGAACACCCAAACCUGAUGUGUCAUGGACUCUACCAGGAAGUACUACACUCACUUCCAGCACCCCUAUUGCCACACAGAGUGGCAUAUAUGUGACUGUUGACGGCAUCCUUGUCAUACAAAAUCCAGUGCUAACAAACUCAGGGAUUUAUAAAUGCAAUGCAAGGAGUGCUCUGGGAAUAGACUUCAAAGCCACAUACCUUCAAGUAUUAUGA